AUGGAUCUUCCUCCAGAAAUCGACCGUUACAUCAAGGAAUCCAUCGACCACAUUCUGGGCCUUCCCGUGUCUGACCAAACCCUCGUCACCAAGCUUCAAGCCUCCGAAGAGUCGCAGCGCCGACUCCACGACCACCGCCUCUUCCUCCUCGCCAAACUCAAGCAGAAAGACGAUCUCAUCGAACUCGCUAGAAAUGAGGCUACCAUGAACGCACAAGCGAUGAAGAAGUUCGUUGAGGAGAAUCAGAAGUUGGCGGCGGAGUGUGAAAGACUGGUGGAGCAGUGCGCGAAAUUGGAACGGGAAUGCGCGCUCUACGACCACGACAGAGAAGCGUUGAUGGAGUUUGGGAACGAGGCUGAUGAACGCGCGCAGGUUGCUCAGGCGCGUGCUCGCGAAUUGGAACGAGAUUUGUACCUGUUGGAGCAUCAUUUGAUCAAAUAUAAACAGCAAAAGGAAUCGGUUGAUUCUUCUUCCGAAACACUUGAUGAGGAGAAAUUGCUUGACUCCCUUUUGGUAACAGUUACUACUGCAGAUGAGUCUUCUACAUUUGCAUUCUUGAACGCAAAUAGUGAAAAUGAGCACUGUCAUAAGUUGCUGACGACGUGGAACUGUUUGAAGCCAUCAACACAAAGAGUUUUGCGUCUUAUUGCUGAAGUCAAAUCUCUAGAAAAUGAUAAAGAAAAUCUAAGGGUUAAUCUUCACAGAGCUGAAGAAGAGGUCAAAUUAUUGUUUGAGGAAAAUAGCGUGUUGGAUAAGGAGAAUAAAAGAUUGAAGAAGCGAUGCAUGGAAAGGAGCCAUAGCGGUUCUGUUGGAAAACAUAGUCAUGGCCAUAGCCAUAGUGGCAGUGCAUCUGCGAAGUCAAACAAGAGAAAGUCUAAUCGCAAGACAGAGAGCCCAAUGGCGAGGAAGAUUGAUUUUGAAGAUGUAAUAGACUCAGCAAGAACACCGUUUUCACCUUUGGAAAAUAAACUCUCACAACUGCAGCAUGAAUAA